GCCGGAAGUAAACGUCCAUGAACUCAAAAUCAUACUUGUAGACAUCUCGGUGCGGCACGGCACUGGACAGCAGAACGCCAAGCGUCACUAGCCACCAACGCCACCACUUCUACUCCUUCACCCUGACUCACCACUCCAACUUUUCUAUGCAGGCAUUAUUCCGACACCCCUCAUUGCCCCUCCGCCCUACGCGACUAGUUCCCUUCCACAUUACCUCCGCCGUACCACGUUCAAAAGUUUCACCCCGGUUCCAGCAGGCAUUGAGGUUAUUUGGCAAUCAACAAGCGGCACCCAGGCUUGGUGAAGACGAGAUGGGGAAGGACAAGGAAGAGAAGAAGGGAGGGAACUUCCAGUUGAAGGUGCCCAAGGGGACAAGAGAUUGGGUUGGCGACGAUGUUGCGCUGCGCGAUUCCAUCUUUUCCAAGAUCACCGACGUCUUCAAACGCCACGGCGCAACGAGUCUCGACACGCCUGUAUUCGAACUGCGCGACAUAUUAGCAGGGAAAUAUGGAGAGGAUUCCAAGCUCAUAUACGAUCUUGCGGAUCAGGGUGGAGAGAUCUGCUCGUUACGAUACGACCUCACGGUUCCGCUCGCUCGAUACCUUGCCAUGAACCCCUCAAUACAAACCUUCAGGAGAUACCAGAUAGCGAAGGUGUAUCGCAGAGACCAGCCGGCCAUGACAAAAGGCAGAAUGCGGGAGUUCUAUCAAUGCGACAUUGAUAUUGCCGGCGCAUACGAUCCCAUGAUUCCUGACGCCGAAAUCCUCCGAAUUGUCAACGAGGUGUUUGAUGGGCUUGGCUGGGAGCAGUACACCAUCAAGAUCAAUCACAGGAAGAUUCUCGACGGUAUCUUCAAGGUCGCUGGCGUUCCCGAACCUCUCAUUCGGUCAAUAUCAUCAGCAGUGGAUAAGCUGGAUAAAAUUUCCUGGGAGGACGUAAAGAAGGAGAUGCUGGAGAAGGGUCUGCAGGAAAAUGUCGCCGACACGAUUGGCGGAUACGUCAAGUUCAAGGGAGGCAACGACGUGAUCGAUCUGAUCAAGGGGGACGAGAAGCUCUUUGCUUCGGAAGAUAUCAAGGCCGGUGUCCAGGACAUGGAACUGCUGUUCACCUACCUCAAGGCCUUUGACGCCAUGGACCGGAUAUCAUUCGACCUGUCGCUUGCCCGCGGCCUCGAUUACUACACUGGCGUCAUCUACGAGGUUGUGACUGAGGGGUCAGCGCCGCCCAAGAAUGCCGCCAAGGGGAGCGAGGCCGCUGUUGGAGUCGGAAGUGUCGCUGCUGGCGGUCGCUACGACCAACUAGUUGGUAUGUUCAGCGGCAAGCCGAUCCCCUGCGUUGGCAUCUCCUUCGGUGUCGACCGCAUCAUCAGUGUCGUCCAGGCGCAAAAGAAGGUCACAGCCAAAGCAAAAGACAUUGACGUGUUUGUCAUGGCGAUGGGAGGGAAGGGGUUCGACGGCAUGCUCAUCGAGAGAAUGCAAAUCGCGCGCCAGCUGUGGGACGCCGGGAUCCGAACCGAGUAUUCGUACAAGGUCAAGCCCAAGUUUCAGGCGCAAUUCAAGGCCGCCGAGGUGGCCAAUAUCCCGCUCGCCGUGAUUCUGGGAGAGGAUGAGCUGAAGGAUGGGAAGGUCAAGAUCAAGAAGUUGGGCGUUCGGGACCCGAAGGAUCCGGAGAAGGAUGGUGUGCUGGUUCCCAAGGAGGACCUGAUCCCGGAGGUGCAGAAGAGGCUGAAGGAUCUCGCGAAUGGUGUGGCGGAUCUGAAAAUCAACUAAGGAUAAAAGGUUAGAAUGGAAUUGUACACGAUACACGAUACCAGAUAGAUUUCCGGCAUGGGGUAAGGGAUUUUACGAGUGUCCCACGCAUCGAACGAUGUCCGCUUGCAGCGGUUCUUCCUGUUAGACAGCUUUCAUUUCCUAUUUCUCCAUGAGCCACCUACUUGGUAGAGCCCGGUGAGUUUUCAUCAGGCGUCCAGAUUGAGCAAUGCUGGAUGCUCGGAACUUGCUUGCUGGGCUAUGAAUUCGCCGAAAAUGAUGGUUAUCUCUAGUGGUAUAUAGAGAAAAACGUCCCGGGCUACCCGCUUGUGCAGGAUCAAAUACUGCUACUUUUUACAUCC